GAAGUCUUGUUUACAUUUAGAAAACCUCUUUCCAUUCAGUCUUCUUCUUCUUCUCCCUUAGCUUAUUAUUCCAAGUCCACCGCCUUAUUCAACCUCAUUUCCCAAGAAACAUUUUUAUUCAAACACAAAAAAAAAAAAAAAAAGUUCCUAACAAAAGAAACCCUGGAAAAUUGUUUAAGUUAAAGAUUUUGGGAAGGCACACAGUUUAACAUAAACACGAAAGCAUAAAAAAGCUAGAAUAAUGGAUUCUUCUGGCACUACCCCAUCCCCAGAUCAUCAUACUUGGCUUGCUUUCUCAUUAUCCAACCAAUAUUAUCAUCCUCCUCCUCCUCCUUCAACUACAACUACAACAACUACACCACUUGAUCAUCAACAAAAUCACCAUCAUCAUCUUUCCCUUUUCCAACAACACCCUCAUCUUUUCAUCCCUCCUCCUCAGUCGGUUGAAGAUGGUGCAAGUGGUAGUACGAGUGAUAAUAGCCAUGAGUUAUCCUUUCUCGGUGUGGGUGGUGGGUUGUUGCAAGUGGGUUUGUUUCCGACGGUGGAAACGGUGACUGUUGCUAGCACGGGUGGCGGUAGCGGUGGCGGUGGUGGCUACAGUUCUGAAUAUCAGCAACAGGUGCAAGUGCAAGAAGCUGAGCACUUGGUUGAUACAACUAGCAACAAACAACAACUCGCUGUGGUUGCUGCUCCUUCUGGUGGUAGGAAGGCUGUUGAAGGGUUUGGUCAAAGGACUUCCAUUUACCGCGGUGUUACUCGACAUAGAUGGACAGGGAGAUAUGAAGCUCAUUUGUGGGAUAAUAGCUGCAGAAGGGAAGGCCAAAGCAGGAAAGGUCGUCAAGUCUAUUUAGGUGGAUAUGAUAAGGAAGAGAAAGCUGCAAGAGCUUAUGAUUUAGCUGCUCUUAAAUAUUGGGGUCCUACUACAACCACGAAUUUUCCGAUAUCUGACUAUGAGAAAGAGCUAGAGCAAAUGAAGGAUAUGAGCAGGCAGGAAUUUGUGGCUUCAUUGAGAAGGAAAAGUAGUGGGUUCUCUAGAGGAGCAUCAAUGUACAGAGGUGUCACAAGGCAUCAUCAGCAUGGAAGGUGGCAAGCAAGGAUCGGAAGGGUAGCCGGAAACAAGGACUUGUACCUCGGAACCUUCAGUACACAAGAGGAGGCUGCAGAAGCCUAUGACAUAGCAGCCAUUAAGUUCCGGGGCCUAAACGCCGUGACAAAUUUUGACAUAAGCCGUUACGACGUGAAGAGCAUAAUAUCGAGCAACCUUCCGGUGGGUGGAAUGUCGAACAAAUCAAAAUCAAUACCGGAUCACGAAGAAAUCAAACCCCUCGAAGGCAUUAAGCCGGAGUUACCCCCAUUAAUACCAACCCCUCACCAAUCCUCAACCAUCUACAACCACAACUUUAUAGGGAUACCCUUAAGGCCAGACUCAUCAACACAAAAUUACAACUGGCCCGCCCUCGGGCAGUUGGAGAACAAUGAGGCUGCACUUGGGUAUACAAGUUUUGGGUAUGUUCAGCAACAGCAACCCGGCAAUAAUGAUGGUGCUAACACGGCGACUGAAGGGUAUAACGGGUAUUUAGGCAUUAGUAACAACAACGACGACGAUGAUAAUAAUAACAAUAAUGGGGAUAAUGGUAGGGAUGUUAAUGGUUGUAGUAUUAGUAGUAGCUGGAGUAUAGUUACACCAAGUUUGCAUUCAUUGCAAAGCCCCAAACAAAAUGUACCAGUGCUGCAGACACCCAUUUUUGGCAUAGAAUGAUUUUUAGAGAUGGAGUGAGAAAGGUGUUUUAUGUGAGGGAAUCAGUGCAAAAAUUGAAAACAGGGGAAAUUUCAGGAGAUUGUUUUCAAGUGGAAGAUAAGAAGAGGCGAGUUGGGUUAAAUUUUGCUAUAAGUUUGAAUGUAUACAGUAGUAUUUUGGUAAGUCUGAUGUCUGACAAUAUCAAAGUUGACAGGAAAACUGAUGUUUUAGAAUUGCUGACAUUUUUAGUGUGUUUUGUCUGUAGUCUUUUGUUUGUUUUGGUUUUUCAUUUUAGGAUAUUGUUGGUCUUAUAUGUAAGGAUAUGGAUCAUAUAACAAUAUUAUGAUAUUUAUGUAGUUUUGUGUA